AUGACGGUCUCCGUGUUGAUGGUGGCUGAAAAGCCGAUGCUAGCUGAUUCGAUAGCACAAAUUUUAUCAAAUGGCAGUGCCCAUAAGAGAAAAGGUUGGAAUAACGUCUGCUCCGUUAGCGAAUACAUAGGCCGAUUCCAAGGGAAGGAUGCUCGCUUCAAGGUGACUUCUACCUGCGGCCACGUGAUGAGCCUCGACUUUCCGCCGAAAUUCAAUAACUGGGAUCGCACCGACCCGGCCGAACUGUACUCGGCGCCCGUUCAGAAGAACGAGGCCAACCCCAACAUGAAGAUGUGCAACUAUCUCGCGUCCGAAGCCAAAAAUAUCGACUAUUUGGUGCUGUGGCUGGAUUGUGACAAAGAGGGCGAAAAUAUUUGCUUUGAGGUAAUCGAUGCCUGUGAAGCCAACCUGAAGCAAUCAUGCGGCCCAAAAUUUAUGGACAACGUCUACAGGGCACAUUUCUCCGCCAUCACGGAUAAGGAUAUCAAGGCGGCGAUGAACAGCCUGGGACGCCCUGAUUUGAACCAGUCGUUAUCCGUCGACGCGCGCCAAGAACUUGACCUCCGCAUUGGCUGCUCGUUUACAAGAUUCCAGACAAAGUAUUUUCAUGGUAAAUACGGAAAUCUGGACAGCUCCUGUAUCUCCUUCGGCCCCUGCCAAACGCCAACGCUGGCGUUUUGUGUGAAGCGACACGACCAAAUCACCCAGUUCAAGCCGGAGCAGUAUUGGGUCGUUCAGGCCACGUACAAUUUGCCGAACGGCGGCGCUGAAAUCCGCCCAGAAUGGAGUCGAGGCCGGAUUUUUGACCGGGAAGUGGCUCAGCUAUUUUGUGAUCGCAUCAAGAAAGCCGGAAAAGCCGAAGUGUACGACGUUUCUACAAAGGAGGCGCGCAAGGAGAAGCCUCAAGCCCUGAACACAGUCGAAUUGCUUCGUGUCGCAUCCAGCUCGCUUGGCCUGAGCCCGUCGAGCACGAUGAGCGUUGCGGAACAUUUAUACACCCAGGGAUACAUUUCAUAUCCUCGAACCGAAACGACUUCGUAUCCAUCUAAUUUUGAUCUGCAAGGAACCCUGGCACAGCAGACGGGCGAUCCACGCUGGGGAUCGAUUGCGAGAAAGGUAUUGGCUGACGGGAUUAAAAGACCAAAAUCCGGGGAAGACAAGGGCGACCACCCUCCGAUCACCCCGAUGAAACCGAGGGGCGGAUUGAGCGGAGAUAUGCUGCGAAUCUACGAGUACGUGACGCAACACUUCAUCGCAACCCUUAUGGGGCCCUGCAUUUACAAAGUGACUACCUCAAAGUUAUCAGCGGCUGGCGAAGAAUUCCAAGUCGUCGACCGCCUGGUAGUAGACCCCGGCUUCACGGCAGCCAUGUCAUGGCUAUCAGCCGAUGAGGAAAACCUGCGAGCCCCGAAUUUGAGGAAAGGCGACGUGCUGAUGCUCAAGGAGUCCCAACUAGCCGUCCGUGAGACAUCUCCGCCCGGCUACCUCACAGAGUCGGAACUUAUCACGCUGAUGGAGAAGCACGGCAUUGGCACGGACGCCUCGAUCCCCGUCCAUAUAAACACAAUCUGUGUCCGGAAUUACGUGACGGUCGAAUCCGGACGCCGCUUGAUCCCGACCCCGCUCGGAAUAUCCUUGAUCCACGGGUAUUGGCGGAUUGACGGAGAGCUGGUGCUGCCCACGAUGAGGGCGGAGGUCGAGAAGCAAUUGACAUUGAUUGCGAAAGGAGAAGCCGACUAUUUUGCGGUGAAAAACCACGCUCUCGAGAUGUUCCGGCAAAAGUUUGUAUACUUCGUCCAGAACGUCCCGGUGAUCGACUCGCUUUUUGAAGCAUCGUUCACAACUUUGGCCGACGCCGGCAAGCCGUUCAGCAAGUGCGGCAAAUGCCAUCGUUUCAUGAAGCUAGUGGAGAGCAGACCGAUCAGGCUCUAUUGCCCGACGUGCCGAGAAACUUAUAAUCUUCCCUCAUCGAAGGACGGCCAGAUCCGACUUCACGGCGAUAAGAAGUGCCCGCUCGACGAGUUCGACCUGGUCUACUGGCAGGGUCCUGGCGGCAAGCUGUCCCGCUCGUUUGCCCUGUGCCCCUGCUGCUACAAUGAGCCGCCGUUUCCGCAGAUGGGCCAAGGGAAGGGCUGCGACAAUUGCCCCCAUCCGACAUGUCCGAAUUCCUUUUUGACCCAGGGCGUCUGCGGUUGCGUGCAGGAUAAUUGCGAUGGUGUCUUGAUGCUCGAUCCGCAAUCACACCCGAAAUGGCGGUUGACUUGUAAUAAGUGCCCAUCAGUCGUCGGGCUCUUCGAAGGGGCCGGCAAGGUCCGAGUAAGCGACAACGAGUGCGUGAAUUGCGGCGCUCAACAGAUUCGCGUCGAUUACAAGGACAAAAGCCCUCUACCGGAAGCGGCGACCACCUGGACGGGCUGCGCAUUCUGUGAAGAGUCGGUGAAGUCACUCCUCAACCUCAACCACGCCUACAUCACCAGCGAGCAGAAGGAGAGCUUCUCCGUUGGUGUGCUCACCCUGCUCCACGCCAUGACUUUUGCCGAUCGGUUUAGCGUUGCUGGGGCUCUGGCGCCACUUCAAAGUUUCUACAACAUCGACAACGCCCAAUCCGGCCUAAUCCAGACCCUUUUUCUAGCCGCAACGGUUACCGGCGCUCCACUGGCCGGGUAUUUUGGUGACCGAUAUAAUAGAAAAUGGAUGAUGACCGGCGGGGUGCUUAUUUGGAUCGGAGUGAUGAUAGCUUCUUCUUUUGUGCCUGGGGAUAUGUUCGGGCUAUUUCUGGUGCUCCGCUGUAUCGAUGGGCUAUCGGAAAAUUUUGUCUACGCUUGUGCUCCUUCGAUGAUUGCGGAUUAUUUUUCUGGCCAAGCGAGAAGUUACGCCUACAUGUUCUUCUACUACGGGAUCAACGUCGGCUCGGCUUUUGGCGUGAUGGUGGGGACGGCCAUCUCCGACUCGGUACCCAGCGCCGAUUGGCAGUGGGCUUUGCGGUUCGUACCAGCAAUCGUCAUCGUCGGCUGGGUCUGUCUGCUGCUGUUCGUCCAAGAGCCGGAACGCGAAAGUCCGGUCGGCGAGAAGUCGACCUCAUUCAUGUCGUUCUUCCACGACGUUUUGUACCUCGUCACGAUCCCAACUUUCCUGCUACAAUGCCUCGGCGCGGCGAUGAUCAAUUUUACAACUGGAGCUCAGGGCUGGUGGAACGCGGCGGUGAUCUACUACUCGAUCGACUACAACAAGAACGUGUCGAUGGCGCAGUUUAACCAGAUUUUCCACCACAACGAGUUCAAGACAAUCAUGCUCGUCACCGGUUUUAUCGGAAUUGCCUCCACGAUUACAGGCGUUUCAUUUGCGGUUUAUUGGGCUGAGAGCUGGCGAAAUGGGCGCGGAAUUUUCUCCAAAAUUAAAACUAUCCGCGCUCCGGCGCUUGUUCUGGCCAUCAGCUUAUCCCUCGCCGCUCCCUGCUCAAUAGGCACUCAACUCUUUGUGUUGAAGGAUAUUUACGGGUAUUAUGCUACGCAACUGGCCGGCGGGUUUUUUAUGGGUGCCGCGUGGGUGCUGAACUUGGAUAUACUUUAUAGAACGACAAGCGCCAGUAGACGCGCUACGUCGAUUAUGAUGUGGACGCUUGUGCAACAUUUAUUAGGCGAUGGCCCGUCGCCGUAUAUCGCUGGAUCGAUAGCCGACGCAUUCCGUGGGAGCGACGAGAGUUCCUACGGCGAAAUGUGGGCUUUACUAAAAUCCUUUUACAUUGUGAAUUCCAUCACGAUCCCGGCCGCGUUAAUCCAUUAUGUUGUUGCCAUAACAAUGAAACGAGAUCAGGAGCGGAACGAGCUGGCGGCGGCGCAGGAAAACGAAGCCCUUGCCGACGACGCGGGGUCAAUGCGAAAAGCGACGCUGCUUGAU